AAGGAUAAGGAUCCACUGGCAGUUCCCGGGGUAUACAUGAUACCGUGCGACUGUGGCUCGAGUUACAUCGGGGAAACUCGCCGCAACAUCACAACCAGACUCAAAGAACACAUACGCAGUGUGAAGAACAGGGACACCCAUACAUCGGCAGUAGCCGAGCAUGCUUGUAGCGCGGGCACGGCUCACUUCCUUCGCUUCGACAAGGUCUCCGUACUAGCGAGGGAGAAAUACUUUGUACCGCGGAGAGUACGUGAGGCCAUCGAAAUAAGUCGCCAUCCCAACUUCAACAGAGACGGUGGCUGGGCAUUACCACCUGCCUGGAAGCCGAGUCUACAAUCUGCGUCAACCUACAAUGUUGCGGGUCUGGAGUGUGACACAGUGAGCGCGGUAUGUAACACCGUUUUUGCGCCGACCCGAGAAUCGAAUCUAACACCUGCGCAGCCGCCGGCGAACGAGUCUAACAAGCCAACAUCGUCGCGCGCGCCAGAUAGUGCGCGCGAUUCCAGACAGAGGGCGCGAUGGGCGCGAUCCUCGAAUCGCCAGUAGCAGCGCGACAAUCGCCGCGUCGUGUGUCGCGGAAUGCUGCUCAUGAAUAUGAGCCUCUAGCAUGGCUUGAAACUAGUCGAGUUCCUCGUCAAAACAUUACGUGAGUAAGCCGAUA